AUGCGCCCGUCUAUUAAAGUCGUCUUCUAUGCAGUUGUGGGCAGAGCUUUGGGUCAGUUCGUGGCGGCACCCACAGACCUCAAGACAGCAAAUGGGACGAGUGGUAUACCAGUCCGAUUCAAAGAGGUCCCAAACGGGAUCUGCGAGACCAACGCCAAUGUCAGAAGCUUCGCCGGUUAUGUCGACGUCAGUGAGACGCAGCAUAUGUACUUUUGGAUGUUCGAGGCCAGAAAUGGAAACCCCACAGCCGCACCGUUAACGGUGAGGCUCGACGGAGGACCAGGUGCAUCCUCGAUGAACGGCUUAUUCAGUGAAAUGGGGCCAUGUUCCAUUGACGCCGCGGGGAACGUCGUCAACAAUCCACUGUCAUUUACGCAGAACAGCAAUGUUGUCUUUAUAGACCAACCGGCGACGGUGGGCUUCUCGUUCACGACACUCAACAAAGCUUCGCAAAACCCAGACACCUUUGUGAUCACGCCCACUGAUAACUGCACAACCGCCGACCCCGGGUGUGGGACGUUCUCGUCACCUGAUCUGACGUUGACGUCCAACUCGACCGUGGAUGCUGCUGCUGUCUUCUACAAGACGAUGCAAGGGUUCAUGGGUGCGUUCCCUCAGUACAGCGCCAAUGGAGUUCACAUAAACGGACAGUCAUACGGAGGGCACUAUGUGCCUGUCUUCGCCGACCACAUCGUUCAGCAGAAUAAGGUCAACAACUCGGGUGCGAUUCAGAUCCCAAUCAAGUCCGUGACGAUCGAGGAUGGCUUCUUCGAUACGCGCGUGCAAUUUGCAGCGUACUUCAAUUAUACCGUUACACCAGGAAAUCCAUACGACCUGGCUUCGUUUAAUGAUACUGCCGAAACUCAACUCUUCAACAAUGUGUGGGGCCCAAGUGGAUGCCAGGAACAACAAGCAGCUUGCAAUGCCAACCCACCACCUGCUAACAUCAAUGAAGUCUGCUCUGCAGCAGACGACUUCUGUGUGACCAAUGUAGAGCAGUUCUUCGACGUCAAUGCCCAGCGCUCGGAGGACGACAUCCGACAGCUACUCCCAAGCCCAUUUCCACCCAUGUUCUACGUGUCAUACCUCAACCAGGCGAACGUCCAGGCCGCCAUCGGGGCAUCCACAAACUUCACCCCAGCGUCCGUCCAGGUGGGCACCGCCUUCGCAGGGACAGGCGACGACUCCCGCACGGGCAAGCUCAUCACGGACGCCACGUCGCGGCUCCUCAGCGAGGGCGUGACGGUGGCCUUCUUCACGGGCGACGCCGACUACGACAGCAACAUGAUCGGCGCGCAGAUCGUCGCCGACAACGUCGCGGCGCAGACGCCCGAGGUGGCCGCGUCCUGGGCUAAGGCCGGCUUCGUCGACAUGUCGGCGCUGCUCGACGGGCAGGUCCCCGGGCAGACGCGGCAGGCGGACCACUUCAGCUUCACGAGGGUCUUCUUCGCGGGCCACUUCUCGGCGUUCAACGCGCCCGAGGCGGCGCUGCUGGUCCAGCAGCGCGCCACGGCAGGGAUGGACAUCGCCACGGGGACGGUGCUGAUGGCCAAGGAUGGGAACAAGGUCACGUUGGGCACGCCGACGAGUGAGUUCCGCGAGGGGCCUGGUACGGUGCAAAACACUGUCACGCCGCAGGGGGCUAUCUAUAACACCACGACGCAUGUCCCGGACGUGCCUUUGGGGGCUCAGACUGCGGGCAAGGCUGUUGCUGGUGCGGAUGUUGGUGGCUCUGUGGCUCUCCACCCGUUCGCGGGUAUGACGAGUAGGAAGAUGAAUAGGGUACUGGCUGCCCAACGCCAGCAGAAGAGGAAGCGAGACUUGGAACAGAUUGCCAGGCGGCCAUUUUAG